AUAAAUAGCAGUGCUGCACCAGUGCCCCAAGAGCUUAGCAACAGGACCCAAGAGGUAAUUGGUCCAGAGAAAAAUACCAAAGUCGCUUGAGUUUCAGCCAUUCAUACACUCAGGCUGGUCCUUCAGGCUUGGUUGGCUGCAUAAUCCUUCCACACUCGCUACUCACGGCAUUAUCCCGUGGCAGAGCACAUCAAGUGGAUUUAAGAUAGGCAAAUCCAAGAUGGACAUGUCCCAGCCCUUCUCCUGACAUGCAUCAGGAGUUGGUACCAACACACAAGCAACUGUGGGCAUCUGUGUCACUGGAGGCAGCUCUGGACUACACAGGAACAGCAAGAAAGGGCAGUGGGAUGACACAGUAACAUUGAGCCUAGUCUAUUAACACAGCUUCCAAAAACUGUGUUUCCAUUAAAAACACCUGGCAUUUUAUUGAAGGUACUCCAUGGAGAGACCUUUUUGUUUGAAAAAUGAAGACAUAGCUUUGCCAUUUGAAAUAGGAGUUCAAGCACUUCAUUCAUGCCAAAACAAACCUUUGCUUUUGUACCUUCCUUCCUUGUCUUUUCUCUGCCUCUUCUGUGGAGAAAGAAAAGGAAAAAAAAGAAAAAAAAAAAAAAAAAGAGAAAUACAAGAAAAAAAUGAAGCCAUUUUACCCCAGUGAAAAUCUGAAAUCUGAUACAUUUUCUCAUUGUUCCAAACCUGGCUUUCAUCUAACAAAAAUUAGCCAUGAAAUUGCACUGCCUUAACCCUUGGCUGUUCUUCAGUUCCUGCAUCUCUCUGGAAGGCAAGGCUGAGCUCCCAGUUUCAGCCUGGGGAGUCCAGCCCUGCAAGGGUUUGAGUCAGCCUGGCACUUGCCACCAAACAUCAAACCACACCACCUUCCCUUCUGCCAGCAGAAGGGAACGUGUGAUCCUAGAGGAAAAUAAUGUGAUACAAAAAAUUACUGGUUGCAGCUUCCAAGCACCCUUUAAAUAUGUACCGAACUAUUCACCCCAAUUACACUCCUGUAAUGGGCUCUGAUUUGUUUUCCUUUGUUCCCAAAGCAGUAGGGCACUGGCCACAUUAACAUUCAAUGAGAAGUUGUUUGAUAUUGAGUCUUUUCUUUAGCAGUAUUAUUCCUUACACAAUUUUGUUUGAUUGCAAUCCACUUCACAUUUUUAAGUGCUUACUGACUGUGAAAGAAUGACCUAGCCUGCUUUCUCUUGGCUUUUUUUUUAUUGAUUUCUCUUUUAAAAAGGUUUUAUUCCUUUUAUACAUGAGAUUGAAAUAAGAGAAAGAGGCAACAUUACUGAACAACUGUUUUUCUUCCAGCUCCAUCAACCCAUAUAACUUCACAGUAGGCCUCAAAAAAAUACUGUAAUAAUGAGACACUUAAAGACAUGAAGCUGCCUACACCCUUUUUCUGGGACUUUUUUUGGUUCUUACUGGUAAACUUCCAAAUUGUUCAAGUGAAUAGUCAGGAAUAAAUUGCUCUUUCUGAGUACCUGAUUAGACCAUACACUGAGUAAUUGGAGGCAGACCUACUGUGCUCCUCAUUUAAAGACACAGCCCACCACAUGCAGUUUGUCUUAAAACUUGUGCUUUGCACUCACUUUGUAUAGGAGUUUUUUGUAAAGAGAAAAUGUAAAGGAAUUGGAAAACACCAGCAGUGAGCAUGCCCUGUGAUUUGCCUGAAAUCCAAGCUGCCAUGCCUUCCAAAACAGUGGGUUCUUGUUCCUACAUCCAGAGCAUACAAAUUAUUGCAGCAUGAUCACAGACUGCAUGGGCGAAGGAUGCUUUUCUUGGCACUGGACUCAAUCCUGAUGAAUAGGUCAGCAGGAUAUCGGUAAAAUCUUUCCUUGACAAGAGGUUUCAGAUACAGCAGGACUUCCUCAGGCCAGUGUUUCAGAAGCCCCUUAAAUCCCACAACAUCCCCUUGUGCUAUGGGACCAACAACCUCAUCCAAAACGCCCAAAGCAGCAGCUCAACACAGUCUACACCCAUGGCUGCUUCCAGUUUUAGUUAGAUCUAUCUUGCAUUAAUUAAUCUUUGGCACUAAAUUCUGCAGCCACUGAAGUGAGUGGCUGGCAAAUAAUUUAAGUGAUCUAAUUAAUAUGUGUCUCAUCAACAACACAAAGGGAGUAUUUUUUAAAAUCUCUAAAAAUCCCCCACCAGCACAUGAAGGCACGUGCACUCUGACACUGACAUGGUGUCAAGCAGCCAGGACAGCACCAGCUCCUCUCCUCUGUCUUGCCUGGGGUUCUCACACCAAGCAGGGUGAGACUUCUCAUGCAAACACCUCUUUUUUUCUUCCAGCAUCGAUGUACACGGAAAUACAGCGGGACCGACCAGAUGGUGGGAAUAUCCUGACUCACCCAGACUAUAUAGAUGGAAACCCAGACCUCAUCAAACCUAAAAAGCUCCUAAAUCCUGUAAAAGCCUCAAAGAGCCAUCAAGAGCUGCACAGGGAGCUGCUGAUGAACCACAAAAGAGGUUUGGGCAUGGAGAGCAAGCCAGAGCUGCAGCGAGUGCUCGAGCACCGACGGCGAGACCUGCUCAUCAAACAGAAGAAGGAAGAGGAAGAGGCAAAGAAAUUGCAGUCUCCUUUUGAAAAAGAGCUAUUAAAGAGGCACCAGAGGCUGGAUCAGCUGGAGAAAGAGCAGGAGAAGCAGGAAGACCAUGCACCAGAAUUCAUUAAAGUCAAGGAAAACCUGAGAAGAACAUCAACGGUGACGGGGGACGAGAAAGCAGCAUAGCUUCUGCCAAAACCCAACGGGAUCCUACCAAGGCCAACACCCCCACUGAAAUCUCUGUACAUGGUGGACAUUCCCAGCCACGCCAUUGGGGCUACUUGCAGUUAUUAACACUUGCUCCAGUAGAAGGCACAGAAAAGGUUUUCCUAGACCAGGAGGGAAUCACUGUGGGAAAAGUGCAGUAUUCACCAGAGUACUCACACAAGUGGAUGCAGAGAGAAUGGUGUUAUUUUCCCCCCAGACUGUGGGUGCACACUAACCACCAGCUAACUCUUGGUUAACUCUAGAGACACAGUGAAUAUUUCAAAUAGGGAAGUCUGUGUAGGAACAGCUUGGGGGACUCCUGCUUCUUUGUGAAGGCGGGUUUGCCAGGCACAAGGGGACAAGAGGGCAGCUCUGCAGCUCUGGAGAGCCUCCUAGAAACCUGGUAACUAAAAGGGACAAUCUGUGUAUUACUGAGAACAGCCCAAGUGACAAUAAUGGCUUCCCCAAGGGUCACUGGCUUUGCACCAGUGUGCCAGUCAAGUGUGGCUGAGGCCGUGUGUCUCAGCAGCACACCCAUACUAUCAGAAACACCAACCUCUGUGUGCCCUUGCAGCUGUACUUCACAAACACCUUUAAACAGCAUUUCAGCCAUUUCAAAGUGGCUUUUUAGGUAGUUCCAUGAUCAGGCAGAAAAUGCAUUGGGCUGUUCCAUCAACUCCCCAGGUGGAGGGCAAAUGCUCUGUGCAGAAAGCAAAGGCUGGGUGUUCCCAGCACGAGUGUCCAUGGAAUAGUGCAGUGACCAGGCAGCAGAUCCCUGUGGAUGCAGCAGACAGACAGACAAACUGCUUCUUGCCCCUGCACUACUGAGCUUCCUCCUCUCACCCAGCAGCUAGACAUGUGCUACCACAGGGACCCACAAGAAAUGCCCUGUGAUGGAGAGGGGGUGAUGUGGUCAUGUCCCACUGGUGCCAGGCUGUCCUGUUAACCACCCUGCAUGCAGCUGGUACCUGUGGGCACCAGGGGGUACAGGGCCUGUAGGUCCUGAUGCAAAACUACUUGUCAUUGCUUCUCAUCCCCUUUUCCAGAGGUCAGAGCUGCCUCAUUGCAGUUGCCAGUUUACAAAGCAUCUUCUUGCUGCUGGUAUAGCCAAGCUGAGGUGGAUGGUGCAUUUGCACCAUGUUUGGACAGAGCCUGUCACACUUACAGGGCACCUGUGCCCUGGGAUAUCCACAUCUAGAGCUAGAAGUGUAUUUUCAGGAAUAUCUCAGCCUCUUGCUUCUCACACCAACCCUGACACAAAGCUUGAACAGCAUAACUCACCGACUGCCUUUGGACACUGGCUCUUGAACGGCCUCAGCAGACCUCGUCAGCUGGGCAGGUAAUACCUGGUUAAUCAACAUUUAUUAUCCACAUCUUCAGUGGAUCUAUAUGUAACUUAAGGGAAACUGGGCAUUUAUACAUAUUUAUAAAAAAGUUACUAAUCCAUUCUCUAGUCUCCUGGUCCAGUGGGAUGUUUCAUUUCAGAGGGCUGUUGCUUGACCUAGCAGCUUGAGUAAAACAUCUGAGCUCCAUCACAUGUCAAGAGCAGUGAUACAGGUAUGGAGCUUCUGUGACAGACUGGACUAUAAAAGCCCUUAGGUCAGCUUCAGUCCUUGAGCAUCCCAUCUCAUGGCACUGUCUCUGCUGUAGUUUUUAAGGCCCUUGCUCAUAUGCUUAUUCUAAACAUGAUUUUAUUUCAGAAAUCCAGUGCAUAUUGUCACUAUAGGUCAAACAAAAUUUGAAAGCAUCUAUUAAGAGCGUUUCCAACUGUGAAGUUUUUUAUACAGGUUUUGAUUAAAACCAUAAGGAAGAAGCAGCAUCCAGUAUUUUUUCACAGGGAAAAAAAAGCCAAAUUUCUCAAAGGAUAAAAAAGUGUUGCUAAGGAUGCUGUAUAUAGCUGUAAAGAAUGCUGCAUGAUACUCCAUAGGUAACAUCAGUGUUAAGUAACAAGCCAGAAUUACUGUGCUGAGGUUUUGUGAGGAAUUAUGGCACAGCUUAAGUAACCUUGAUCAAAGAGAUCAAAAAAAAUCAGCAAAUUAAUUUGUAAUUUUGCCACAGAUGGAAAUGCACUCCAGGAGAGGCAAUCUGUCACUCCAUAUGCACCAGUGAAAUCCAUGUUAUCAGCUCACUUGGGCUGGGACAGGGGCAUUUAUGCAAGUCCUUGGGUGGGAGCCAUCCAGUAAGGUCAGCAGUGAAGAGGCAGAAAGGAUUUUGCUGCUCUUCUUAAGUAUUCAAAUAUUACCUGGAGGGGAAAAAUAAAUCAAGGUGUCUCCCUUUGUCCAUCAAGCACAGAGAGGGGCUGCACACAACACAGUCCAUUGUGGCUGGGGGUGUCUGGGUCAUUUCCAGCAGAAGUCCCAAAGGGCGAGGGAGGGCUGGAUGACACUGUCCUAACUCAGGCUGGGCUAGCAGAGUCAUGAGAAAUCCUCCCAGCAGUGGAGAGACAGCAGAAAGUCCAGACCCAGCUGCCCACCAGAACCCCACGGGCUGUGAGCUGGGACACGCCAGCAGGGGCAGCCAGCACAGGCAGCACCCUGGGGACACAGCAGGGCAGACAGAGCUUCAGCCCUGACCAGAGCUCCAGGCUCCAGCCCUCGGAGAUGGCACAUGGGAAAUGAUCCUUUUACUGCUGAAGUACUGGAUUAAACAUCACAGCAUUUUCCAGCACAGCUCUUCUCACCCCUCUGAACUGAUAACCCCCAGCUGGGCUCAGACACAGAACCUGUACAGCUUUCACCAAUGCUCUUGAGCUUCAUGGAACAGCAGUGAGCAGGUGGCACCCUAAAAAAAUCAGUGUAGGUAUCACCAGGAAGAUUUUGGGGUAUAUUUGUGUCUCUAUUUCUUUUGCAUUAUCUUUUUCCCUACGCCUCUAAAGCACAUUCCUGAAUUAAACUGGUGUAUCCAGAAAGUAUACAUUAUCAGAGUAUUGAUGGAAGACAAUGUUUUGCACUGUGUAUGUUGCUUAUGUGGUAUAUAGUCUGUAUUCUGUGUUGGUGUUUAUAAAUUUAUAUAAAACUAUAUGUCAUGCACCUCUACUGAAUUAACUCACUGUUUAAUGUGGACACUUCUGAAGAAAUAAACUAAAUGAUAAUUGUAUAUUUUGCUCUUUUCCACAAGGAACUGAAAAAGCUCCAAGGAUACAAACAGACAACAGCCAAAUAAACUGAAUGAACAUAAAAAACA